AUGCGGAGAUUCUCACGUUUCUUCCACAAACACAAUCUUUUCAACCUUCCAUUGAGAAAAUCAUUUCAAAUUACCCAAGAAAAUACCAUAUUACACCACCUCUUCUUCUCCACUAAUACCUUUCGGGUUACUUCCUCUCAACCCUCUUCACACUCAUCACCAACACCAAACCCUAAACCCCGAAUAUUUAUAAGAAAUUACCAAUUCGGUCUCGUUCACCUUGAAUCUAUUACAAACAAUCUCAGUGAUCAAAACAACGACGAGUUUGCUUCCGAUGUAGAAAAGAUUUACAGGAUAUUGCGUAAAUACCAUUCUAGGGUUCCCAAAUUGGAGCUUGCUUUGAAAGAAUCUGGAGUUGUUGUUAGGUCUGGAUUAACAGAACGUGUAUUGAAUCGUUGCGGUGAUGCUGGGAAUUUAGCUUAUAGGUUUUUUUCUUGGGCUUCUAAGCAACCAAGUUAUAGGCCUAGUCAAGAUGUGUAUAAGGCUAUGAUUAAGGUUUUGAGUAAAAUGAGACAGUUUGGUGCUGUUUGGGGGUUGAUUGAGGAAAUGAGAGUGGAGAAUCCUGAGUUGAUUUCCCCGCAAGUGUUUGUUAUUUUGAUGAGGAGAUUUGCUUCUGCUAGGAUGGUUCAUAAGGCUAUUGAGGUGUUGGAUGAAAUGGUUAAGUAUGGUUGUGAGCCUGAUGAAUAUGUUUUUGGGUGUCUUUUGGAUGCAUUGUGCAAGAAUGGUAGUGUUAAGGAGGCUGCUUCGCUUUUUGAGGAUAUGAGGUAUCGUUUUCCGCUGAAUGUUAAGCAUUUUACUUCGUUGUUGUAUGGUUGGUGUAAGGAAGGGAAGCUUGUGGAGGCAAAGCAUGUGUUGGUGCAAAUGAAGGAUGCGGGGAUUGAGCCGGAUAUUGUUGUGUUUAAUAAUUUGCUUGGUGGGUAUGCUCAAGCUGGGAAAAUGGGGGAUGCUUAUGAUCUUUUGAAAGAGAUGACAAGAAGGGGAUGCGAGCCGAAUGCAGCGUCGUAUACUGUUUUGAUCCAGUCGUUAUGUAAACAUGAAAAAUUGGAGGAGGCCAUGCGGAUGUUUGUUGAAAUGCAGAGAAAUGGUUGUGGGAUGGAUGUUAUAACAUAUACGACAUUGAUAAGCAGGUUUUGCAAGUGGGGGAAAAUCAAAAGGGGUUAUGAGCUUUUGGAUCAGAUGAUACAAGAAGGGCAUGCGCCGAAUCAGCUGACUUAUUUGCAUAUCAUGGUGGCUCAUGAAAAGAAGGAAGAAUUGGAAGAGUGUAUGGAGCUUGUGUCUGAGAUGCAGAAGAUUGGUUGUGUUCCUGAUCUUAACAUCUAUAAUACAGUCAUUAGGUUGGCUUGUAAGUUGGGAGAGGUCAAGCAAGGUGUUCGGCUUUGGAAUGAAAUGGAAGCGAGUGGACUCAGUCCGGGUAUCGACACCUUUGUCAUCAUGAUUAAUGGGUUUAUUGAGCAGGAUUAUCUAGUUGAAGCUUGUGAGUAUUUCAAAGAAAUGAUUGGGAGAGGGCUUUUUGCUGCUCCUCAAUAUGGUACUUUGAAGGAGUUGAUGAAUUCUCUUUUAAGAGCCGAGAAGCUUGAAAUGGCUAAAGAUACUUGGAAUUGUCUCACUAGUUCUAAAGUUUGUGAGAUGAAUGUGAGUGCAUGGACAAUUUGGAUUCAUGCACUGUUUUCAAAAGGACAUGUGAAGGAGGCUUGUUCAUUUUGUAUAGACAUGAUGGAUAACGAUUUAAUGCCACAGCCAGAUACUUUUGCAAAGCUUAUGGGUGGUCUGAAGAAAUUGUAUAACCGAGAAUUCGCAGUUGAAAUCACUGAGAAGGUAAGGAAAAUGGCUGCUGAUAGACAUAUCACUUUCAAGAUGUACAAACGGAGAGGUGAGAGGGAUUUGAAAGAAAAGGUAAAGGAGAAAAAAGACGGAAGGAAGAGGAGGGCUAGACAGCGCCGUUGGGGUGGAGGCCAACAAAAAGCAUUAUAA